AUGACUUUGCCUAAAGCUGGAAGUGGCGCCAUUGUAGGGUAAGUUGAUAUCAUUACAGUGCCACUAUGUUUAGCAAAAAAUAUUUGUAAUGGUUGCAGGUCGUUUGCUUACAACUCUAUCAAGGACAGAUGGCCUAGGAUUUUAACCAAAGUGAUUGAUCAGCUGCAUCAAAGACAUGAUUUCAUGGUGAAGACGCAUGGAGAAGUGGGGUUUCUUUAUAAUUAAUUUAUCUAAAAUUUAGCAAGGGAAUAUCGACGUAAAAGAGGUUAUUCACUCUAUCUCUCGGCUAAGGUAUUUGAUUGCAACAGAUAAACCACUGGAAUACUUGGAGACGUCGUUGGAAGACAAACAACUCUGGAAUGGAGAGAUUGACAAGCUCAAGAUUGAGGUAAACGAAGUUUAAUCGCAAGAUUGUAUUGAUCUUAGCUUGGAGAGGGUAAUGUGACCUGGUACAAAUGCCCUUGGUUGUUCUCUGAAUGUUUUGUCUACAGAUUGUUACAUGAAUUCUUCUUGAGAUCUAGUAAUCUCAAAGAAUAUGAUCCAUUUAGAAUGGAAAAGGAAAAGGGUUACUUUGACAGGUACGAUUGGAUCACUUUCAUCUUGAUAUUUUUUUCAGUGAAGUUCAUCUGAUUGCCUUAGGCACGGAGGUUUUGCAAUUGGUCAAGGAUAAUUCGCCGGGUGAUCUGAACACCGCUGUCUCAAAACAUCUCCAGAUAUGUUUAUGGGGAAAUAAAGCCGAUCUUUCUUUAACUGGUGGAGAUCCACAUUUCAUGGCCGCCACUCUCUUUAAAGAACUUGAUUCUCUUCGCGGAAACAUUUUGGUUGAUCAUCUCGAUUUGGUUUCAGAUUAUUUGUCCAAGUAAGUACAAUAUUUAAGUCAGUUUUAGUUUAUAGCCUAAACAAGUCUGGGACGGUUGUGAUUGUAAUGGACAACGCGGGUCUUGAACUCUUCACGGAUCUUUGUUUAGCCACGAUUCUUGUCGCAAAAGGACUCACUCCGAAAGUAAUAUUCCACGGGAAGGCUUUCCCUUGGUAUGUCUCCGAUGUUACUGAGUAUGAUUUUCAUUGGACGAUAAAUCAGACAGCUCAACAAAGCGAUUCAUAUUUGAAGGAACUGGGACAACUUUGGCAGAAGUUUGUAAAAGAUGUAAGUCUCCCUUGGUUAGGUGAAAAUAUUUUACAGGGCCUCUUCGAAUAUCAAACUGGGGACUUCUAUACCUACGGCUUUCCAUAUUUUGAGAUGAAGAGAAUCAGUCCUCAACUCUACGACACCUUGAGUAAAUCCAAACUCUUGAUCUUCAAAGGCGAUCUAAACUAUCGGAAGCUGGUCGGUGACAGACAUUGGGAUCCCACCACCGCAUUUAAGGUAACUUUCUCUAUUCUGUUUUAUCGACAGUCUGUGUUUUUUAUCAGUCUGUCGGAAAACUAACGGCGGGUGUUCGCAGUAAAAGGUUUCGCCUCGUCGAAAAAAGGGUGCAGUCGCGCACCAAGUCUCCAACUGCGGCUAGCCGUCGCAAAGCGAUGACGGGCGCUUCCAAGGGGCGACGACCCGCCGCUAUUUUCCCGACAGACUGAAAAUUUCUUAUAUCAUUUUAGGAGACGUUGAGAGGCUUUGAACCCACUAAUCUUGUGUCUCUCCGUACUCUGAAGGCUGAAACUGUUUGCGGACUGACUUCCGAAACCUUGGAAAAGGUAAAACGAAAGUUCGGCGAGGAUACUACCUGGAUGGUUAACAGCGACUAUGCAGUUGUCCAAUCGUUUUUCAAGUAG